AUGGUAUCACAGGAUUGCAACGGUUCAGUAUUGGAAUUAUCAGCGAAAUCUUUUGGAACUCUACUUCAAAAUCAAUCUCUACAAGUGGAUCAUUUGUUAGAACACUACUUCUGUGAUGAUAAUUUGACCUCAGUACGGCGAAUUAUCAAAGUGCUGUGCGACUGCUUGGGUAGAGGACAAAAAAUCAUUCUUGUUGGUAUAGGCAAAUCACUUAAGAUAGCAGAGAAAUGUGCAGCUACAUUACAAUCAAUGGGUCUAGCAUCUAUUACAAUGCAUCCAACGGAUGCCUUGCAUGGGGAUAUUGGAAGUAUUCAAAGUGGUGACUGUGUUUUGGCCUGUAGUUCAAGUGGUGAGACAGAAGAAAUUAUCAAUCUCUUGCGAUAUCUGGAUAAUAACGACGUAUGGUCUGUGGUUCACAAGAUUGCGGUCUGCAGGGACUCACAGAGUACAUUGGCACAAAUGUCAGAUGAGUGUUUGCUUGUGCCCCAAAAGCAUAAAGAGUGCGAGAUCCAAAAUGGUUUACCUGCCCCAACGGUCUCCAGCACAUCGAUGCUUGUUGUUUUGGACUGCCUCAGUCUCGCGCUGAGCCAAGCGUUCCGUAAUGGAGACCUGGUGGCCCGCAACAAACUGUUCAGUACAAUGCAUCCUGGAGGAAGUAUAGGGAAGAAAAAUCAACCAAAUGGAGUACACUCAGCUACAGUAGAAACAGGCAAGAUACACAUCGGUAUGAACGAACUAGAGAUUCUUCGAGCUGUUACUCUAAACGAUUGGGUCGAGUGGGAAAGUACAAUCACACUCCCUUCAAAAGUAAUAAAAUCCCUGUACAAAAACUGGGCCAGUGAUCAACAUACAUCGUUCGACCGCUACCUUGCACGGAAACUGUUUAAAUAA